AUGUCAUGGAAGCAAGUCGCUCAGUCCCAGCGAGAGACUCUUCUGUCAUCAAUGCCCAUCGAAUGGAGGCUCGCUCCCGACGAGAUCGGAGGAAGAACCAAGCAGCGCAAAAUUGUCGACUUUAUUGCCAAGCGCGUUUCUUCAGAUACUCGCGAAAUCACCGAGCUGCCCGUGUCGCAGCUACUACAAAAGCUGCGGCAAGGCGAUGUAACGGCCAGCGAGGUCUUGGCUGCGUUCGCACAUCGAGCAGCGCUUGCUCAUCAAUUGACUCAUUGCUUGAGUGAGUAUCACUAUGUUGACGCUAAAAGACGAGCGGCCGUACUUGAUGAACAAUGGCGUAUGCAUCAGAAACCCGUGGGGCCUCUUCAUGGCUUGCCAGUCAGCUUGAUGGACCGCUUCCACGUAGCCGGCCUGCGUAGCGCAUGUGGCUACGUCAGUUGGCUUGGAAUCCCAAGAACAGGAGACGAUGAGGGCGUGUUAGUGGAGCGCCUACGCACCCUUGGCGCAGUCAUCCUUUGUAAAACCAAUGUGCCCGUGAGCGCAAUGAUGGGCGAGACCGACAAUAACAUCAUGGGGUUUACUAUGAAUCCAUUCAACAGAAUGUUGUCAGCGGGAGGUGCUUGUGGUGGCGAAGGCGCCCUCAUAGCGCUCCGGGGCUCCCCGAUCGGCUUUGGGACAGACAUUGCUGGGUCUGUACGCAUUCCAGCAGCGUUCAACGGUCUCUGCGCUCUUAAAGCUUCUGAGCAAAGACUCCCCGAUAGUGGUAUCGCCGCAAUUUUUCCGGGUCUUCCCACUGCUGCUGGCUCUGUUGGGAUGCUCGCGUCCGAACUCGAAGGAAUUCAGAUCGUUUUUAAAGCGUUGCAGGACUCAAGCCCUUGGACGUACGAUAACGAGAUACUCGAGUUGCCCUGGCGCAAAGAAAAACACGAGAGCAUUCUCGCACGGAGGUGCGAUCCAGUGGGGAUAGAAGCCAAUGGGAGACUCGUAUUUGGAGUGCUACAAUCCGAUGACCACGUCAACCCACAUCCGCCUAUUCGACUCGCCCUGCAGAAGGUCAAGCAAGCAUUACUAAGCUGUGGUUAUGAAAUCGUGCCAUGGAGGCCACCUCCACAGAACGAGGCGGUCGAGAACCUUUUCCGGAUAUUUGGGUCAACCGGCGCACAAGAAAUACGGAAUGCAAUUGAUGCAAGUGGUGAGCCGCCUGUUGCGCAAAUGCGGCCGUGGUAUGAGCAACAAGACAAUGAAGAUAUCUCGACAUCAUCUUUCUGGCAGCUGUGCGAGGCUCGCGACAAGUAUCGCAGAGACUAUGCAAAAUACUGGCGACAAAUGGACAGUCAGACAACUUCUGGCCGACGAGUAGAUGGCGUCAUUCAACCUGUUGCCCCCUACGUCGCAGGACACCAGAAUGAUCCGCAGUACUACGCCUAUUCUGCGGUGGCAAAUAUCCUUGAUGUCCCAGCCGCAGUCUUCCCGGUCUCGCCCGGAUUCUCUCUAGCGGAGAUGGCCUUCGAGGAGGCUCAGAAUCGUCUAGCAUCAAAUGAAGAGGAAGUGAAGAUACAAAAAAAUUACCGACCUGUAGACGCCCAAAAUAUGCCAGUAGGACUUCAAGUCUUGGGCAGACGCCUGCAAGAGGAGCAGGUAUUGGCCAUGGGACAGGCAGUCAUUGAAGCGCUGAAUCGCACAGCUUGA